AUGUGCUAUUCAAGAAACUCAUUAUCCGCACACAAGCAUACUUUCAUGUCUCAACACAUGCACACAUCCCCAACACCAUGCAAAAUGACUAAAUAUAUACAUGUAGCUCUAGGUGUAAAAGCCUUUAACAAUUUAUCUCGAAAUCAGUACAACAAUAUUCGACAAGUCCUGAAACUGGAAUGCGAAAACGUUUUACCGACAGCUAAAAAAUUGUUGAGGUUAGAGAAACAAUGCUAUCCUGAUGACAUAACGGUCACCGAUACAAGAGCCGUUAUUCCACUAAAAAAUUUGACACAACUCACCACAAAAAGAGUUAUUGAAGCACACAAUUCAGAAAUAUACGACAAAAUCAAAAUAUUACCUUCAGAAUCAACUCCAAAAGUUAUUCAUGCAGAAAUGAUCGUCACAUGGGGGAUGGACGGAACAACAGGACAGUCACAGUAUAACCAAGGAAAAACAAAUUCAAGAAAUCAAGAACGAGAUAGAACACAACCGAAUCAAACGACUAAUAAUGAAAUUAUAGAAGACAAAUCACUAUUGACAGUUAGUAUGAGUGUUCAGCAACUACGACAUGAAGACGAAAACGGAAAUUAUAUCUGCUUAUGGGACAACGAAAACAGUCAAUCUGUAUACUCAGUACGACCAAUACAACUUGAACAUGCCAAAGAAACCAGAGUAAAUGUUAGAAGGAUAUAUGAAGAUAUAAAAAAUCAAAUAUCAAAACUUGAACCACAGAGAUUCAUAUGUGAAGACAUGCUUUUGGAAAUUACGUACAAAUUCUACCCCACAAUGUUAGAUGGAAAAGUUUACACAGACCUUACAGAAACAUCAGGAUAUUGCAGAUGUCAGCUUUGUAGAUCUGGACCAAACGAGAUGAGUGACAUAAAUAAUCUUGAUAAUGGAAGAUUCGAAAAAACACACAGAAAAUUUGUUAAAGAACACUUGUAUUUCAACACUCAGCCACUUCAUACAUCAAUGAACGUACUCACGACUCUAUAUGAUUUGUCAUAUAAACAAUAUGUUCAAAAACACUGGCUGGAGAUAACUGAAGAGGAACAGAUUGUUUUAGAUGUUGAAAAGGCUAGAAUAAAGCAAGCAAUGUGGGAUGCAUUUAAUGUUCGUGUACUCGAACCAAGACAAGGGGGAGCUGGAUCAUCAGAUACAGGAAACGUUGCAAGAAAAGUUCUUGAAAAUCCAGAGCUUCUAGCUAAAACUCUAUAUCUUAAUGAAGAAAUAAUUAAACGUAUAUGCUAUGUGCUAAACCAAAUUCGAAGUUUAGAACCAGUUGAUGAUCUAGAUGAAUUUGAUAGGUACUGUAAAGAAACAUACAGAAUGUUUUUGACAACAUAUAGUUGGUUCAAAAUACCAGUAACACUUCACAGAGCACUUGCUCAUGCAAAACACUACAUGGAAGCCUUACCAUUACCUCUAGGAAGAAUGAGUGAUUUCGAUAACAAUCUUCAUAUGAUCAAGAAAAGACGAGUUGCAUUGUCGUGUGAAGAUUGGUUUUUUGAUGCAUCAGUUUUAACCAAUGAGUUGUGA